AUGGUUAUGGGAUCAUUCCUCAUGAAGCUUUUAUCAGCACCUACAAAUUCACUACAUAAUGAUUAUGGAAUUCAUUUAGAUCUGUCUUACAUUACCAAAAGAAUUAUUGUAUGCUCAUGCCCAGUUUCAAGUUACCCUAAAUUGGCUUACCGCAAUUCAAUAAAUGAUCUUAUCAACUAUCUUCAGAUUGAACAUCGGAAUCAUUGGUCUAUAUGGAAUUUAAAAUUAGAGUCCCCAAAUGAUUAUUCUUUGAAUUCAAGGGAGUUACAAGAUAAAAUAUUCCAUUUUCCAUGGCCCGAUCACCAACCAUCAUCGUUCAAAUUAUUAUUGAACUGCUUGCAUUCUAUUGACCAAUUUCUCAAGAAGGAUUAUGAAAAUGUUGUAGUGAUACAUUGUAAAAUGGGGAAAGGUAGAUCAGGUUUAGUAGUAUGUGCUUAUUUGAUGUUAUAUUUAAACUUCACCAAAAAUGAAGCAUGUGAAUUGUUCACAUCAAAAAGAAUGAAGCCAGGAUUUGGUAAUGGUGUUUCAAUUAUCUCACAACUUGAGUAUCUAUCAUAUUGUGAGUUAUAUUCCAAGUGCAGAAGUUAUAAACCUCAAAAGAUAGCUUAUAUUGAGACCAUCAAGAUAUUUCAUGUUGAGAACUCAUAUACACCUUUGUUACUCAACUUUGAUGGGUAUUCAUCAAAUGAUGAACUGGUGAGAUACUUUGAAUUAGACUCUAAAUCAUAUAUUGUUUCACAAACACCUGAGUAUUCCAUGUAUAAAAUUAACUUGCUCAUCGAAGAUCAAGAUAUACGAUUGACAAUCAAGCCAGUUGAAAGAACAGGGGUAACUCUUAAUGCAGUUUAUACGUGGUUUAAUUUACACUGGUAUUUAUAUAAGUCCAUAUGCCAUAGUCAACAAAAUACGAUGAUGGUUCGUCUCAAUUGGAAUAGAAUGGAUGGGUUUAAAGGUACAUCUUUCAAAGGAAAACAAUGUUUCGAAGUUAUAGAACUCAAAAUAAGAUUGAUUGAUAUAUAA